CGUAUUGAGACACUGAGCGUGCAUCGAAGACCCGCUGUUUUCCGGAAGUGGAAUGAUUAUGUUUGAGUAUCGGGGUAGGCAUGACACUUUGUAGCCUAGGGAAAAAUGUGGAUUUCGGAACUAAUGCAGCUAGGCAACUGAUAAAGCUUUCGGUUUGUCAUUUCUGCUCCAAGCAUAAUGAUAGGAAAUUUAUAGAUUGGAAAAAAGUAAUUGUAAAGGCUGGCGAUGGUGGAAAUGGCCUGACACAUUUUAAGAGAUUAAGAUUCCAACCCAAAGGAGGACCUGAUGGCGGAGAUGGUGGGCGGGGAGGCAGUGUCAUUCUGUCUGCUGACUCCUCCUUACAGGAACUUGCGCAUGUCAAGAAGCACCUCAAAGCAGAGAAUGGAGGGAGUGGGGGGAUUGACAAUCGACAUGGGAAAAAUGCUUCAGAUUUAAUUGUCAAGGUACCUCUAGGGACUAUAGCAACUCACAACAAAGAAGUGAUAGCAGACAUCUCAGAGGAAGGGGAGUCCUGUGUAAUUGCCCAAGGAGGAGAGGGAGGACUGGGAAAUGCCACAUUCAAGACAGCCACUGACCAGGCCCCAGAGAAAAGUAGCCAGGGGACCCCUGGUCAGGAGAGAGUUAUUGAGCUGGAACUCAAGACAAUUGCUGAUGUUGGUCUGGUUGGUUUUCCUAAUGCUGGCAAGUCAACACUCCUACGUGCGAUAUCAAGAGCGACGCCCACCGUGGCAGCGUACCCAUUUACAACCCUCAAUCCAUCUGUUGGGAUGGUAGAGUAUGAUGAUUUUUCACAAAUUGCAGUUGCAGAUAUCCCAGGACUCAUACCAGAUGCUCACCUAAACAAAGGCCUUGGCCACACAUUCUUGAGACAUAUUGAGCGCUGUUGCUCUUUACUGUAUGUGCUAGACAUCUCUCAGAAGGACUUCCACAGCCAGUUCAUAUCGCUACAAAGAGAACUUGAACUCUACAAGAAAGGGCUGUCAUCUAGGCCAGCAGCCAUUGUGGCAAAUAAGAUUGACCUAGCUGAUUCGAUCGAUGUGAGUUGUUUAGAGAGAGAAUUUGAUCUUCCUGUCAUGGCAGUCUCGGGGAAGUACGGCAAUGGGAUACCUGCACUAAAAAGAGCCAUUCAUUUAUUACUAGAAUCAUCAAAAUGGGCUUUGUAAAUAUUGGUUUUAUAGAAUAUAAUUACCUAGCUAUUGUAGUAAUGUGUGAUUUUACCCCCCCCUUCCCCCCUUUAGAAGGGAAUCAAAAACUCUGGGGAAUGAGACUCGAAGCCAGGGAAAUUCCAGGUUGGUAGGAAGCUAGAAGCAUUGCGCAUUUCCAGAAGGUGGCUUCGUUUCAGUCUGUUACCUUCUGAAUGGAAUGAUAAGGGCAAGCAUUCCAUUUGAAUAUAUUGAAAUAUACAUACACAACCAAAUGACAGGAAAACUGUCCACUCAUUCAGGUUCUGUCGUUUAGGGAGCACAUGUUUUGAGGGAGUGUUUCUCUCUAUAAUAAAAAAAAUUGUAGCCUAUCGGGCCUAAAACAGUUUCAUAUUCAUUCUUGGAUGACUUGGUCUCACACAACCUUAAAAUACUCAUCUCAGGUCACCUGGAUGGAGACAUGACCGAGAUGGACAUAUAAUGCGAAUGGCUACUGCCGAGGUGGUCAUGCUAGCGUGCGUCGUACUGUAAACCGUUGAAGUGUUUUCAAUAGCGGCAAACUAAUAAACUACCUGAACUAAACGUCUGAUUGAUACUCAAUUGUUCGAGUGGGUAGGCUGUGUAGCCGGGCGAGGCCUGGGUACGAGAAAAAGUAAAUCGCCAUAUUGGAUUAUGUACAUGCGGAAACUGAGCGAGUAAAGCGUUGUGUUGACAAUCA